AUGGACUCUCAAAGUCAUGAAAUCGAUUCAACAACAGAACAACUUCAUAAAACUACAUAUGAUGAUGUAAUUCCACCACGUUACGAUACAAAUGAAACACCAACAAUUAAUUCAACAAAUCCAGAUUAUAAUCCACCAUCAACUCCAACAGUUCAUCAUAUGGAAACUAAUAAUCCAGUUGUUGAUUCUUUAAAUAAAGGAAAAACAGAAUUUAAACGAGCACAACAACAAACGGAAGAUAUUAUAACAAAAACGAAGAGAAUCGUUAAACAACACUGGGACCAAACUCGUCAUUCGCUUGUUCAAGUUCAGAAAAAGGUCAAUGAAAUGAUGCCAAAAGAAGGUAAUAAUCUUAUUUAUUGGCGCAAUCCAAUUCAAUCUGGCAUUGUUUUUGGUUUAUCAUUGUCUGUAAUAAUUACAUUUAUGUUCUUAUCAUCAUUGGCUGCCGUUUCCUUUUGGUUACUUGCAUUUCUUGUUGUCAUUGGUCUCUAUAAAAUGUAUAAUUAUGUUAUGGCAACAUUUGUCGGUCGUGUUCAAGAUGACAUCUUUGAUUCAAUCUUUCCAUCUGAUGUGACUAUUUCAGAACGACAAGCUCAAGCCAUAGCUCAUGCUAUUCAUGUUAAUGGAACAAAAUUAUUAAGACAUGCACGAAAUAUUUUCUUAUGGAAUAAUUUAGUUAAUUCAACACUUUUUGGUCUUGUACUUUUUGUCUUCUUCUAUAUUGGUCUCUCCAUGAAUGCAUUAACAUUUACACUUGUUGGACUAAUUUUCGUAUUUACUGUACCAAAAAUUUAUCAAGUAUAUCAAGUUCCAAUUGAUCGAACAGCUAAAAUGAUACUUGAUCAAAUCAAUCAAUUAUUAGCUAAAGUAACAUCGAAAUUACCAAACAAAUCAAAAAAAGCUUAA